AUGCCUGUUUGUCACCGCAGAGGCCUUGAUAAACUCGAUUCCAGGAGCUGGGCGAUCACUGCAAAUGCCAGAGGAGACAGGCUUUAUUCCUGUGUGGCAGAAAUGAUGUCCAGGGAUGGUCCGUCUAAAGCACUUCAGAGAGCCCACCAGAUGGAUCAUAGAAAGGGACCAUCUCCACACAAUGCAGUUGGCAUGUACCUUCUAGUGAAGCUCUUCCAGAUAAGAGGGUGCAUCAGGAAGCCUGCCUUGUCUAGCUCUUAUACAGAUCUGAAUAUAGUGCAUGUAAUGUCCCUUGAGAUUGGACGACCAUCCUCGUGA